UUUUCCAGGACUGUCCACACUUCAUCUGGGAAUUCCAGGCAGGAAUAGCCUGGAGCGCGUGGCGAGGAGUCUGCGGCCAAUUUGGGGACAAGAGUUUGCGAGGGGGCGAAAUAAGGAUUCCCAAGGACCAGCAAGAGGAGUUUGGGAGUGAGCGCUGCCUCUAAGUCUCGGUUUCUCCGCGAACAGAGGUGCGCUUUUGGACAACUCUCAGCUCUAGGGGGACAGCCAAAAGGCCACUGGCCCAUAAGACUGUAGGAGUCAGCCCGUGUCCGGGGCUCAGGAGCACGCUGUGGUCAUGGUGAAUGAAAGUCUCAACCAGGAGAAGAGCGAUGGCAACCCUGCACCCGAGACCGCAUUCCAGACCGACACCAGCUGCUCCACCCAUCCCAGCGGCUCCAUCCAUCCGAGCGUCUCAGGCCAUCCCAGUGUCUCCAUCCAUCCCAGCGUCUCCAUCGACCCCAGCGUCUCUGUCCAUCCCAGCAGUUCAGCACCCCCUAGUACCUUUGCUCAACCCAGCGCCGUGACCCAUCCCAGUAGCUCAGGUCCGCAAAGCAGUGUGAUCAAGGUGAGCAAGCGCCGUUGGGCCGUGGUCCUGGUGUUUAGCUGCUACUCCUUGUGCAACGCCUUCCAGUGGAUCCAGUAUGGCUCCAUCAAUAACAUCUUCAUGACCUUCUAUGGCGUCAGCGCCUUUGCCAUCGACUGGCUGUCCAUGUGCUACAUGCUGGUUUACAUCCCUCUGCUCCUGCCGGUGGCCUGGAUGCUGGAGAAAUUUGGUCUUCGAACCAUCGCGAUCACUGGUUCAGCUCUCAACUGCCUGGGGGCCUGGGUGAAGCUAGGCAGCCUGGAGCCUCACCUCUUCCCAGUCACAGUGGUGGGUCAGGUCAUUUGCUCUGUGGCGCAGGUCUUCAUCCUGGGCAUGCCUUCACGCAUUGCUUCGGUCUGGUUCGGGGCUGAUGAAGUCUCAACAGCUUGCUCCGUGGCUGUGUUUGGCAAUCAGCUUGGAAUUGCAAUUGGGUUUUUGGUCCCUCCUGUUCUGGUACCCAACAUCAAAGACCAGGAAAAGCUUGCCUACCACAUCAGCAUCAUGUUCUACAUAAUAGGAGGUGUGGCCACUCUUCUCUUCAUCCUUGUCAUCAUUGUAUUCAAGGAGAAGCCCAAGUAUCCUCCCAGCAGGGCCCAGUCCUUGAGCUAUGCCUUGGCGUCCACUGAUGCUUCAUACUUAAGUUCCAUCGUCCGGCUCUUCAAAAACCUCAACUUCGUGCUGCUGGUCAUCACCUACGGUCUGAAUGCUGGUGCCUUUUAUGCCUUAUCCACUCUGCUGAAUCGCAUGGUGAUAUUGCACUUCCCGGGUGAAGAAGUGAACGCUGGACGAAUUGGCCUGACCAUCGUCAUUGCAGGGAUGUUUGGAGCUAUGAUCUCAGGCAUCUGGCUGGAUAAGUCCAAAACCUACAAGCAGACAACCCUGGUAGUGUAUAUCAUGACUCUGGUGGGCAUGGUGGUGUACACAUUCACCUUAAACCUGGACCGUUUGUGGGUAGUAUUCAUCACUGCUGGCACACUGGGCUUCUUCAUGACUGGCUAUCUACCCUUGGGGUUUGAGUUUGCUGUGGAGCUCACGUACCCAGAAUCUGAAGGCAUGUCGUCUGGCCUCCUCAAUGUGUCAGCACAGGUGUUCGGGAUCAUCUUCACCAUCUCCCAAGGCCAGAUUAUUGACAACUAUGGAACCAAGCCUGGGAACAUCUUCCUAUGUGUGUUCCUUGCCCUAGGAUCAGCUCUCACGGCUUUCAUUAAGGCGGAUCUUCGGAGACAGAGGGCAAACAAGGAUACUCCUGAGACUAAAGUCCAGGAGGAGGAAGAGAGCAAUAUCAGCAAGGCCCCCACGGUCGUGUCCGAGGCUCAUCUCUGAGAGAGACAGAGAAAGAGAGGUGGCAGAGACUCAGGAACACAGACACUGUUAGCAGCUAGAUCUUCAUGGAGAAGCUUCUAGAGGAAGCAGCUGGAAGAUUUGUGGCUUGCAAAGCAGUGCCCAUGCCCACUGGGCCCUACCUGAGAACCUGGAUGGUUUACUUGGGGGCAACCUCACCUCUCUCCAGAUGUCGACUGGAUUCUGGUGCCCUCUCGGGGCUAGUGUUGGGAGAGGUUGGUGAAAGGUGUCAGAGUCCAUCCUUGCUUGGUCCCUUGCCUUCUUAUCCUUUCUCUUGUGGAGAAUGCUUGCAGAAUUAUCCUAAGAAAGCUUAUUCAGGAUAUUAACUUUUUCUAAUGUCUUAAGACUUAUCCACGUGAAGCCCAGUUCUCACUGAGAACAGGCAAGGGGCUCUGCCUGAGGGUCAUGAGGAGGAAGCACCAGGGUCCAGCCUCCAUCAGAGCCACUGCUCCACAGAGGUAGCUCCACCAGGACUCUUGGCCUUGGCCAACCACUGCAGCCUCUCUUCCUACCUUCUUUUCUGAGAGCCCAGACAAAACACCAAUAAACCAGACAAAACCUCUCUGGUAGCCAGAAGGUGAAACUGACUGGAGAGGGCUCCCUGUGUAGCAUGAAUUCUAAUUGGUCUUAAUAAUAAAAACCCAGAGCCAGA